AUGCAUCAAACGAGUACUAGAAUAAUGAAGGUGACACCCGAAGGCAGACCCUUUACGAGGGAUUUCAAAGACCUCUUCUCGACGUUGGUGGUCAGCUUGACCCUCAAGACGCAUAGGGUGCGAUUCAAGAAUUAUCCAUUCUCCUUUACAACAGAGGAAGCCGUUGCCAAUCUAUCAAAUCUCAAGUUUGCACAGAGCAAUCGCAUGCCUGAUCCGAAUGACCCGACAAGAAUAGUCACCACGACGACAACAACGACAUUCAGUAUGGCACCAGACAUGGCAAAAGGACUCUGCCAGCGGUUCAUGGAAGCGCGCUUUUUCGAAUCAGCAAAUGACAAGUCACUCACCGUUUUCAAGGACAAGUCAGUCUGGGUCUUUACUGCAAAAGGCAUCCGCGUGCUAGACCGCUUCUGUCAACGCAAUGGAAUCCAGACUGAAACUGUCAAGGAGUUGACGAGUUCGGCCAUGAACUCCAUGCAGCUAGUCUUGCUCGAGCGUGACCCAGAAACAGAUGCAAUUCUAGAAUCUGAUGCUGUGGUCGAAAUCAUCUUUCGACGCUUUGCUGGCAAGAAGCCAAACAUCAGACCAGCAUCCGAGACAGAGACGGGUGCAGAGUAUGCGACUGGCUUGACAGGGGUACGUCUUGUUGACUUGCGCAAAAUGGCAGACGGCAAUAUGAAGUGGACUUUUUCGGGGAAGAGCAUGAUUUCAUGGAUUCUGGACUGUUCAACAGCCCUUGAAGCAGAAGAAGCGAUGGAGAUUGCGCGCAUGUUUCUGUUUCAUCAGCUGAUCCUGUACGUGGGCGAUGCUCGCGGUAAUCGGGGACAGGAUCAGGCGAUCUCAGGCUCCAAAUACGCCAUCUACCAAAUUACUGCAAAGGGAAGAUGCGUUGCCGGCUGGGAGGGUACAUAUGAUACAGAAAAGAUGGUACCAGCACAAGGAGCGCUGCAAGCAAAACUCAACCCAAGCAUGGCUGCAUUACGACUAAGCAAUCCUCGCUCUGCUUCACAAUCAUCUGCGGACGGAAAUGCGGUAGACCUCUUCAAUGGGUCAGCACAGAAUAGCAGAGAAACAAACACGGCAAGAUUGCAAAUCAUCAUGGAUGAUGCUGCUCUACGAUCACAAUUCAGCGAAUUCCUUCGCGAGAACUACUGCGAGGAAAAUUUGAGCUUCUACAUUGACGUCAGAGAGUUUCAGCGGCAAUUCAAGGACGUCAAAGAGCUCGAGAGUGUGAGCGAGGGGUUGGCUCGUGCGUACUCCAUCUACAAUGCCUUUUUGGCAAGUGGAUCCCCUUGUGAGCUGAAUCUGGACCACAGUCUGCGACUCGACAUGGCAGCACAAAUGACACGUGUCGUUGGAGACGAUGCAGAGAGUAUGCGCAGGUCAUUGCAACAAGUUGCAGAGCUCUAUGAUCGUGCGCAAAAUCAAGUCUUCCGACUCAUGGCAGGCGAUUCUGUUCCAAAAUUCCUCAAGACGCCACUUUUUCUAAACAUGUGGAACAUGGAGCAGGAUAAAAAGCAAUGA